GCCGUUGCCGGACGGAACGGAAACUAACUAUGCGCACGCGCAUUGAGCAAUCACAAUCGUCGAAAUUGCUGUUGACCGGUCGGUGUCUGUAUGGACUAGUUCGCUAUAUAAAAACAAAUAAAAUAUUUUUUCAUUCGAAAUAAUGGUUCUUUUAAUUACUUUAGUCUGCGUGUAAGCUUUCCCACAAUGAUUACCGCGUGUGGACGCCGGCAGAGUGUGAAGAGAUCGUUCUAGUAGGUGGUUAUGGAGAUCAUUACUAAUUAGCUGCUAGCUGCAAUUUGUGUCCAAGGAUAUUGCUGUAUAUAGUUGGCCUCAACCCGAGGCCAAGUGGGUUUCCUAACCGAUUAAAGAUAACGCAAGGAUGUCUGAUUCAGACAGUGAUGAAGACCAAGACCGGCCUUUCUCUCUUACUGGCUUCCUCUUUGGGAACAUUAAUGAAGAUGGUCAGCUAGAAGGGGACAGCGUGCUUGACACUGAGUCCAAAAAGCACCUGGCUGGUCUUGGCUCUCUGGGACUUGGCAACCUCAUUACAGAGAUCACUGCCAGUGAGGAGGAUGACCCUGACGGGGAGGGAGACACAGGUGGAACGGACGCUGAGGGCUGGGUGAAGAAUGAUGUGGAUGCAGUUGAUUAUUCGGACAUCAGCGAGGUGGCUGAAGAUGAAACUAAGAAGUAUCGCCAGGCCAUGGGUAACCUGCAGCCUGCCAGGAGAACAGAGGAUGAAGAUGACUAUGAUGCGGAUUGUGAGGAUAUUGAUGCUAAGCUUAUGCCUCCCCCACCUCCUCCAAGUCUCCCUACACUUGGUGGCAAGAAAGAGGACUCCUCUCCCACAGCUGCGAGUGUGGGGGACGGGGGAGAUGGGAUCAUCCUCCCCUCCAUCAUCGCCCCCUCCUCUCUGGUGGACAAGGUGGACUUCAGCAGCUCCUCAGACUCUGAAUCGGAGACGGACCGGCCCUCCACAGGCUCUGGGUCUGGGGGCCCGCCGGCCUCCCUCAGCCUGCCCUUGGCUGGCAUCAUGCAGAAGGAUGCUGCCAAAGCCCUGCCUGGUGUCACCCAGCUCUUCCCAGAGUUCAGGCCUGGAAAGGUGCUGCGGUUCCUUCGUCUGUUUGGCCCCGGCAAGAACAUGCCGUCAGUGUGGCGAAGCGCCCGCAGGAAGAGGAAAAGGAAGCACCGUGACCCCCACCCAGGGACCCCGCCACCAGAGGGUGCCGAGCCCAUGGAGCAGCAGGGAUCGGAGAAGAAGUCCGGCUGGGAAUAUGAAUACGCCCCGGCUCCACCCCCAGAGCAGUGUCUGUCUGACGAUGAGAUUACCAUGAUGGCCCCAGUAGAGUCCAAGUUCUCUCAGACCUCUGGAGACGGGGACAAAGUGGCCGAGUCCAGGCCAAAGGUGGCCGAGUGGCGCUAUGGUCCUGCCCAGCUGUGGUACGACAUGAUGGGUGUCCCUGAGGAUGGCAGCGGCUUCCAUUAUGGCUUCAAACUAAAGGAGGACGAUGGCGAUGUGCAGGAAACGAAGGAGAGGACAGAACCGACAGAACCUUCCGUAGAGGAGGGCAGCGGUGACGAAAAGGACCAGCAUGCCCUGGAGAAUGAGCUCUUCCUGAUGGUCACCCAGCUUCAGUGGGAGGACGACAUUAUCUGGAACGGAGAAGACGUCAAACACAAGGGCACUAAGACCCAGCGAGCAAGUCUGGCGGGGUGGCUGCCUUCCAGCAUGACCCGAAACGCAAAUGCCUACAACGCCCAGCAGGGUUUUCAUGAUGUCUAUCCACACUCUACAGGUCUGAGUAGGAGCAACUCUCAGCUGGUGCCCCCCACUCCUCCGCCCAUGCCCAAAGCCCCCUCCAUUGGCUCCAAGAGGGACAAGCACAACCACGACCGCCACGCCUCUCAUGAAGACGAUGCCCAGUGGUUUUCCAUCUUUCCCAUUGACAAUGAGGAGCUGGUGUAUGGGCGCUGGGAGGACAACAUCAUCUGGGAUGACCAGGCCAUGGAUCGUAUUCUGUCACCCCCUGUCCUCACCCUGGACCCCAACGAUGAGAACAUCAUUUUAGAAAUCCCAGAUGAGAAGGAGUCCGAGCGUACAUCCCACUCUCCGUCCAAGGAGAACAAGAAGGAGUCUGCCCUGAAGAAGAGUCGUAUCCUGCUGGGGAAGACUGGGGUCAUAAAGGAUGAGCCUCAACAGAACAUGUCCCAGCCUGAGGUGAAGGACCCAUGGAACCUGUCCAAUGAUGAGUUCUAUUACCCCAAGCAGCAGGGCCUGAGGGGCACCUUUGGUGGCAACAUUAUUCAGCACUCCAUCCCUGCUGUGGAGCUAAGGCAGCCAUUCUUCCCUACUCACAUGGGACCCAUGAAGCUGCGUUCGUUCCACCGGCCCUCUCUGAAGAAAUACUCGUUCGGGUCGUUGUCCCAGCCAGGCCAACACCCAGCACAGCCCCUGCUCAAACAUAUCAAGAAGAAGGCCAAGAUGCGAGAGCAGGAGCGCCAGGCUUCCGGUGGAGGAGACAUGUUCUUCAUGCGGACAGCCCAGGAUCUGACUGGGAAAGAUGGAGACCUAAUUCUGGCGGAGUACAGCGAGGAAUACCCUCCGCUUAUCAUGCAAGUCGGCAUGGCAACCAAGAUCAAGAACUACUACAAGAGAAAACCAGGAAAGGACCCUGGAGCUCCGGACUGUAAGUAUGGAGAGACUGUUUACUGCCACACCUCACCCUUCCUGGGCUCCCUACACCCUGGACAGCUGCUGCCGGCUUUUGAGAACAACCUUUUCCGGGCCCCUAUCUACCUCCACAAGAUGCCGGAGACGGAUUUCCUGGUGCUACGUACUCGGCAGGGUUAUUUCAUCAGAGAGCUGGUGGACAUCUUUGUCGUCGGCCAGCAGUGUCCCCUUUAUGAGGUCCCUGGGCCCAACUCCAAACGAGCCAACACACAUAUCAGAGACUUCCUGCAGGUGUUUAUCUAUCGAUUAUUCUGGAAGAGUAAAGAUCGUCCUCGGAGAAUCCGCAUGGAGGACAUCAAGAAAGCUUUCCCCUCGCAUUCCGAAAGUAGCAUCCGGAAACGCCUCAAACUCUGUGCUGACUUCAAGCGUACAGGAAUGGACUCUAAUUGGUGGGUUCUUAAGCCUGACUUCCGGCUGCCGACUGAGGAAGAGAUCAGGGCCAUGGUCUCUCCGGAGCAGUGCUGUGCCUACUACAGCAUGCUGGUGGCAGAGCAGAGACUCAAGGAUGCAGGAUAUGGUGAAAAGUCCUUCUUUGCCCCAGAGGAAGAAAACGAGGAAGACUUCCAGAUGAAGAUAGAUGAUGAGGUCCGCACUGCCCCUUGGAACACGACGCGAGCCUUCAUCGCCGCCAUGAAGGGGAAGUGUCUGCUGGAGGUCAUGGGGGUGGCUGACCCCACAGGCUGCGGCGAGGGAUUCUCUUAUGUCAAAGUGCCCAACAAGCCCACGCAGCAAAAAGCACAGGAUGACCGAGAGCCACAACCCGCUAAGAAGACUGUGACCGGGACAGACGCUGAUCUGAGGAGACUCUCACUCAAAAAUGCCAAGCAGCUGCUGCGCAAGUUUGGUGUUCCAGAAGAGGAGAUCAAGAAGCUGUCGCGUUGGGAGGUGAUUGAUGUGGUGAGGACCAUGUCUACAGAGCAGGCUCGCUCUGGCGAGGGGCCCAUGAGCAAGUUCGCCCGCGGUUCCCGGUUCUCUGUAGCGGAACACCAGGAGCGCUAUAAGGAGGAGUGCCAGAGGAUCUUUGACCUCCAGAACAAAGUACUGGAGUCUACAGAGGUCCUAUCAACAGACACCGACAGCAGCUCAGCGGAGGACAGUGACUUUGAGGAGAUGGGAAAGAACAUUGAGAACAUGCUGCAGAACAAGAAGACCAGCUCCCAGCUGUCCAGAGAGCGGGAGGAGCAGGAGAGGAAGGAGCUGCAGAGGAUGCUGAUGGGGGAGGAGAGUGAUCGAGACCACAAGGGACGCAAAGCACGCAAGGGCUUCUCCAGUGCCUUGUCCACAGGUUCCCAUAAAGAUGACGACACGUCCUCGGUCACCAGCCUGAACUCAUCCGCUACGGGACGGCGCCUCAAAAUCUAUCGCACGUUCAGGGAUGAGGACGGCAAGGAGUACGUCCGCUGUGAGACGGUCCGCAAACCCUCUGUCAUAGACGCCUACACCCGGAUCAGAACCACCAAGGAUGAGGAGUUCAUACGGAAGUUUGCACUAUUUGACGAGCAGCACCGAGAGGAGAUGAGGAAAGAGAGGAGGAGAAUCCAGGAACAGCUGAGGAGGUUGAAGAGGAACCAGGAGAAGGACCGCUUCAAGGGGCCCCCAGAGAAGAAGGCCAAGAAGGUCAAGGAGAGGCCAGACCUCAAGGUAAAACUGAAGUGCGGAGCUUGCGGUGCCAUCGGGCACAUGCGCACCAACAAGUUCUGCCCGCUAUACUAUCAGACCAAUGCCCCACCCUCCAACCCAGUUGCCAUGACGGAGGAGCAAGAGGAGGAGCUGGAGAAGACUGUCAUCCACAAUGACAAUGAGGAACUCAUCAAGGUGGAAGGAACCAAGAUAGUCCUGGGAAAGCAGCUCAUUGAGAGUGCUGAUGAGGUGCGCAGGAAGUCUCUAGUGCUGAAGUUCCCCAAACAGCAGCUACCUCCCAAAAAGAAGAGACGUGUGGGAACCACCGUGCACUGUGACUACCUCAAUAGGCCCAAUAAAUCCAUCCACCGCCGACGCACUGACCCCAUGGUGACCCUGUCCUCCGUCCUGGAGAGCAUCAUCAACGACAUGCGGGAUCACCCUAAUACCUACCCCUUCCACACGCCGGUCAACGCCAAGGUGGUGAAGGACUACUACAAGAUCAUCACUCGUCCCAUGGAUCUGCAGACACUACGGGAGAAUGUGCGCAAACGUAUGUACCCGUCCCGGGAGGAGUUCAGGGAGAACGUAGAGCUCAUCGUCAAGAACAGCGCCACGUACAACGGUGCCAAACAUCCAAUAACCCAGGUGGCUCAGACUAUGCUGGACCUUUGUGAUGCCAAACUGAAAGAGAAGGAAGACAGGCUGGUGAGACUAGAGAAAGCCAUCAACCCCCUGCUGGAUGACGAUGACCAGGUGGCCUUCUCUUUCAUCCUGGACAACAUCGUCACUCAGAAGAUGAUGGCUGUGCCAGACUCUUGGCCAUUCCACCAUCCAGUCAACAAGAAGUUUGUUCCAGAUUACUACAAAGUCAUUGCCCAACCCAUGGAUCUGGAGAAUGUCCGCAAGAACAUAUCCAAACACAAGUACCAGAACCGGGAUGUGUUUCUGUUUGACGUCAGCCUGAUCCACGCCAACAGUGUCAAGUACAAUGGUCCAGACAGCCCUUACACCAAGACGGCCCUGGAGAUAGUCAAUGUUUGCAAGCAGACCCUUGCUGAGUAUGAUGAACACCUGACCCAGCUGGAGAAGGACAUCUCCACAGCUAAAGAGGCUGCUCUGGAUGCAGCUGACCUGGAUGGCCUAGACCCCAUGACUCCUGGAACCUACACACCACAGCCUGCUGAUGUGUUUGACAGCAGUGCUUCUGUGAGCCUGCACAGAGAGACCAGCCUGUUCUCUGAGGUUGAGGCGUCUCUAUUGGCUGUCCCAGAGAAGAGGGGGGUGGGGCAGGGUCGUCAUAGAAGACUGGGAGAGGAGGAGUCCGAUGUGGACAUUGAGGGCUUUGAGGAAGAGGAUGACGGCAAGCCCAAGACACCAGCUCCUGCUGAGGAUGGUGAAGGAGACCUGGAGGAUGAGGAGGAUGAAGAGGAAAUGCUGCUGCCGCCCCGCAGACGGCUCCAGGGCCACCAGGAUGAUGAUUAUGAUGAUGAUGAAGGAUCCAGACGGCCAGCCCAGGCCAGUGUGCUGUACCAGGACCUGCUCAUGUCAGAUGGAGAAGAUGAUGCCAGUGAAGAGGAAGGAGACAACCCAUUCUCCUCUAUCCACCUGUCUGAGAGUGGAAGUGACUCAGACAGGGAGAUGGAGGUGCGCCCCGCACCCCCUCCCAGACCCCAUCAAGAGACGGCCCGCAUGGGCCUGGAGCAGGACGAGAGCCUGAUGUCAUACGGGGAAGAUGUGCCUGACGAAACUCACCUGGAGGACAGCAAUGUCAGUUAUGAGAGCUAUGAGGAGCCAGAGAGCCAGACCCAGACCUCCAGCAUGGGCAAUGGACAGGGCUAUGGCAUGAGUGAAGAGGAGGAGGAGGAAGAUGAGGAAGAGGCAUCUCGGAGAACAGGUCCCAGUGUGCUGUCCCAGGUGCAGCUGAGUGAGGAUGAGGAGGACAGUGAAGAGUUCAGGUCAAUUGGGGGAGACAGUGACAUGGACUCGGACAUAUAGAAAUGUGUGUACACACUUACAUUGACGCGAAUGGUCUCUACAACAGACAGAUGCACAUCCACUGACACGCUCAGCCUCGGUCAAGGAAAACACCCAGGACAUGCAAGUAACGUCAUCAUAACUUUAAUUCUCUGUUAAUAAUCAGUCCUGUCUGCGAUCCAGUCAUUACCUCACCUAUGGCAUCAAUAAACUCCUGUGAGAUCA